AUGCUGACGUUUGAUUUAUUUGGUGAACUGACGGUGAAUGUGGACAUGAUCAUCACGCGCGCAGGGACAGCUGCUGAGAUCCAUGCGGUGCACAUCACUGUAGGCCUUCCUGGGGCCUGGCACACAGCGCUGGGCACACAGGAGCAGUCCGUUCAGUCCAGGUCACAGGUGCAGCUGGCCGAGAUGACGGCCAACGACUGGCCACAUGCAGAGGCUGACAGGACGUUCUGCCAGAUGACAGCCACGCCUUGCUCAUGUGCCCUCUCCUUUGGCCUGAUCGCUACUCCUUGGGCCCCAAUCACAGGGCAACCCGUUGAGUUUCUGGUGGAUACCGGUGCUCAACAUUCUGUACUGACCCAAGCUAGAGGCCCUCUUUCUGGCAAAAAGUCUUGGGUGUUCGGGGCCACGGGCCAGAAACAAUAUGCAUGGACUACCCAAAGAACAGUGGACUUAAGAGUGGGACAAGUAAACCACUCAUUCCUUGUCAUACCAGAAUGCCCCACACCCCUGUUAGGAAGAGACAUCCUGACCAAAGUUGCGGCCCAAAUAUCCUUUCAGGCUGAAGAUGCCUGAGUGACAGAUCGAGAAAAAAAACCUUUGGGCCUAAGUAUUCUGUCCAUAAGAUUAGAGGACGAGUACCGCUUUUUUAAGGAACCGGAACCCUCCCUAGUUAGUCGGAGGUGGCUCAACCAGUUUCCAGGGGCCUGGGCAGAGACAGCGGGUAUGGGGCUUGCCGUAAACCAGCCCCCGGUGGUCAUAGAAUUGAAAGCCUCAGCUUUACCAGUGACUGUGAGACAAUAUCCAAUGAGUAAAGAAGCCAGAGAUGGAAUUAAGCCCCAUAUCCAGAGGCUCAUAGAGCAGGGGAUAUUAGUAAAAUGUAAAUCCCCAUAGAACACUCCCUUGCUGCCUGUAAAGAAAGCGGGAACAAGAGAUUAUCGACCAGUGCAAGAUUUAAGAGAAGUUAAUAAGAGGACACAGGACAUUCAUCCCACUGUGCCGAACCCUUAUAACCUGUUAAGCUCUCUGGCCCCGGAAAACACCUGGUAUACAGUCUUACAUUUAAAAGACGCCUUCUUUUGUUUGCGCCUGCACCAGAGUAGCCAACCGCUGUUUGCUUUUGAAUGGAAAGACCCCUCCACAGGAACUACUGGACAAUUGACCUGGACUCGCUUGCCACAAGGAUUCAAGAAUUCACCUACCCUCUUCGACGAGGCUUUGCAUCAGGACUUGGCUUUUUACCGAGCCUCCAACCCACAGGUAACUUUGUUACAAUAUGUUAAUGACUUACUGAUAGCAGCCCCUACUCAGGAAGCUUGCCAAGAGACCACUGGAGCCCUUUUGACUGAACUUGCUAAAUUGGGAUAUAGGGCAUCUGCCAAAAAAGCACAGAUCUGCCAACAACAAGUGACUUAUUUGGGAUAUUCCCUGAGAGAGGGGAAAAGGUGGCUUACUGAAGCCCGAAAGCAGACUGUGACGCAGAUCCCGGUUCCUACUACUUCGCGCCAAGUUCACGAGUUUCUGGGGACGGCAGGGUUUUGUAGACUAUGGAUACCCGGAUAUGCCACCUUAGCCGCCCCUCUGUAUCCCCUAACCAAAGGGGCGGCCCCGUUUGUUUGGGGACCUGAACAACAGCAGGCCUUUGAUGAUAUCAAAAAGGCCCUCCUGUCGGCACCCGCUCUGGCCUUGCCAGAUGUGACUAAGCCGUUCGUCCUUUUUGUGGAUGAACGAAGCGGAGUGGCUCGAGGAGUGUUGACCCAACAAUGGGGACCUUGGAAGAGACCUGUCGCCUACUUGUCAAAAAAAUUGGACCCAGUGAGUAGCGGAUGGCCUGCCUGUUUGAGAGUAGUGGCGGCCGUGGCCCUCUUGGUUAAAGAUUCUGACAAACUGACACUGGGACAAAAACUCACUGUGGUUGCUCCACAUGCGUUAGAGAGUGUAAUCCGACAACCACCCGAGAGAUGGAUGUCGAAUGCCAGAAUGACUCACUACCAAACCUUACUCCUGAAUCGUGAUCGUGUGGAGUUUGCCCCCCCUGCCAUCCUAAACCCGGCCACUCUGCUCCCCGAUUCAGGGAAGGAAGUGCUUCAUACCUGCCAGGAAAUCCUGGCCGAGGAGACAGGAACCCGCCGGGACUUACAAGAUCAGCCCUUAGGAGGACCGGGACUCCUGACUUGGUAUACAGACGGGAGCAGUUACAUCAUGGAUGGUAAGAGAAUGGCUGGAGCUGCAGUAGUGGAUGAUGACCGGAUCGUGUGGGCCAGCGGACUCCCAACGGGCACUUCUGCACAGCGAGCAGAACUCAUCGCCCUGACUCAGGCUCUAAGGAUGGCAGAAGGUAAGAGACUUAACGUCUACACUGACAGCCGAUACGCUUUUGCCACCGCUCACAUACACGGGGCUAUUUAUAGACAGAGAGGGCUGUUAACUUCUGCCGGGAGAGAUGUUAAAAACAAACAAGAAAUUUUAGAUUUGUUAGACGCCAUCCAUAGGCCUAAGGAAGUAGCGAUAAUACAUUGCCCUGGACAUCAGAAAGAUGAUUCUCCAAUAGCUCGAGGAAACCGGAGGGCGGACCAAACCGCAAAGCAAGCGGCUCAGGGAAUGAACAUUCUACCUCUCCAAGUGUAUCCGGAAGCCACCCACAUUAAAAGCUUCCAGUAUACACCUGAAGAUCUUGCUUGUAUAAACAAAUUAGAGUUCAAAAAUUCCUCGCCCCACGAGAUAUAUAAGUCUGAAAAAGGGAAAGUUGUUCUGCCCCAGAGAGAGGCAGAAAAAUACUUAAGGCAAUUACAUCAAUUGACACAUCUGGGAGCAAAAAACCUAAAGACCCUGGUUCGGGACUCCCCUUAUCAUGUUAUUGGAUUAGGAAAAUUGGCUGACGAGGUUGUAAGAAAUUGUGUUCCCUGCCAAUUAGUGAACGUGAGUAAAAAUCAAGCAAUAUCCGGGAAGAGACUUCGAGGAGAUCGCCCAGGAGCCUAUUGGGAAGUUGACUUCACUGAAAUUAAGCCUGCUAAGUAUAGAUAUAAAUACCUUCUAGUUUUCCUAGACAGAUUUUCAAGAUGGACAGAGGCGUUCCCCACCAAAACUGAGACAGCUCAGACAGUGUCUAAAAGGAUACUUGAAGAAAUAUUUCCAAGGUUCGGAAUCCCCAAGGUAAUCGGUUCCGAUAAUGGACCUGCCUUUGUUGCCCAGGUAAGUCAGGGAUUGGCCAAGAUCCUGGGGACAGAUUGGAAAUUGCAUUGUGCAUACAGGCCCCAGAGCUCAGGACAGGUAGAAAGGAUGAACAGAACUCUAAAAGAGACCUUGACUAAAUUGUCCAUAGAGACUGGCUUAUGUGAUUGGUUAGUCCUCCUUCCCUUCGCCCUGUUUAGGGUCAGGAACACUCCCGGCCGCUUUGGACUAAUGCCUUUUGAAAUAAUGUGGGGUCCGGCCCCACUCCAAUCAGCUCAUCUUCAUAUAUUCCCCGAAUGUACAACUAAUAAGUUUCUGCUUGAAAGGUUAUGAGCCUUGGAAGCCAUGCAGAAAGAGGUGUGGACCUCCAUUAAGGAAGUCUAUCGGCCAGGGGACCUCUCAGUACCUCACCAGUUCCAGGUGGGAGACCCUGUCUACGUGAGAAGACACUGGACGGGAAACCUCGAGCCGCGGUGGAAGGGACCUUUUAUUGUCCUCCUGACUACUCCCACAGCCGUGAAAGUAGAUGGUGUCUCUUCCUGGAUACAUGCUUCACAUCUGAAGAAGGCACCCCCACCGGACCCGGACUGGCGAGUAGCUCGGACUGAUAACCCCCUUAAACUCUGUCUAUAUAGAAAGAACCAUGUUGCUAGCGAUUCUGAUGUUUCUGCCACUUCCAACCCUCCAGAACCCCAACCCCCAUCAGCCCUAUAGGCAGACAUGGAUCCUGACAGAUGGACAGACUGGUAAAACCCUUAAUGAAACUGCACACACUGCCCCUCUAAACACGUGGUGGCCAGAUUUGUACUUUGACCUCAGGGAGCUUUUUGGGCUUACGCAAGGGAAGGAACACAAUUACCAUACCCUACAAAAAUGGGCACUCGUUAACACUGCUCAAGGACGAGCACAAGGGUUCUGGGCCUGCCCUGGCAAUCUAAGAAAUAACUGGAAAACCUGUGGGGGCUUAGAAAGUGUUUACUGCAAAAGCUGGAGUUGUGUAACCUCUAAUGAUGGGCCUCGGAAGUGGGCAGUCGAGAAUUGAGAUUUAGUUAAAUUCAC